AUGACCACUAUUGCCAUCGAAUCCCGCCGCGUCUUUCGCCGAACAGACGACUAUACACCAGGCACGCCAAAAUUGAAACUAACCUACGAGGAUCUACCUUCACGGCUUCCCUCGUCAUCCGUCCUAAUCAAAGUUCAUGCGGUCUCGCUCAACUAUCGCGACGCUAACAUUGUCAAUGGUGGUAAUCCAUGGCCCGUGAUACCGCAUGGUAUACCCUGCAAUGAUGCAGCAGGCGAAGUGAUAGCCACAGGCGCUGAUGUGAAAACACUGAAGCUGGGAGAUCGUGUCGCUCCGAUCAUCGAUACCGAAAACAUCACUGGCAGGGAAUCGGCGCGUUCGUGGCUUGCUGCUGAUGAGGAUGGCGUGCUGGCGGAUUAUCUGAUUUUUGAUGAAAGGAUUUUGAGUAUAGUUCCCUCUCAUUUGAGCUGGGCAGAGGCCUGUCUUAUUCCUUGUGCUGGGACGACAGCGUGGGCAGCGCUGAAGGGGUUCGGGAUUGGGAAGUCUGUGUUAAUUCAAGGCACCGGUGGAGUUAGCAUGUUUGCUCUGAAGCUCGCUCGCGCUGCGGGUCUCCAGGUUAUCCUGAGUUCGUCUAGUGACGACAAACUCCAGCAAAUCAAGGCGCAAUUCUCCAGUCCUCCGCUCUUGACUGUGAACUACAAAAGUCCCGUAUGGCACGAGGAAGUCUUGAAGCUUACGGGUGAUGCAGGUGUUGACCUCGUCCUCGAGAUGGGCGGCACGGGGUCGCUGGUUCAGAGCAUUAGGUGCACGCGGCGAGGUGGGACAGUUAGCCAGAUUGGAUAUCUGAGUCGGCAGGAUCCCAGCGACCUUGCGGAGCUUCUACCUGUCUUGAUUGACAGGCGUGUUAAUCUGAGGGGUAUCAAUGCGGCAUCGAAAUAUGAUAUGGAUGAUCUGUGUGCAGCGCUUUCUGCAAUGCAGUUGCACUUGGAUGAUAUUAUUGAUACAACAUAUUUCUUUGAACAAUCCGGGGAAGCUAUCCAGUCUAUCUGGGAGGGUAAGCAUGUUGGGAAGCUUGUCGUUAGCCUUUGA